CGCCGUUAAUUGAGUCCGUGUUUGUAUGUUCUGCGCUGCCGAAGGUUCCGGGCUGUUAUGGCUGCGCUCACAUACGGAACUCUGGACUGUUUCCCGGAAAACGUUUUAAUUGAUAUUUUAUCUUAUUUAAAUGUGCGAGAACUCGUGCGCAAUUCCAGGGUGUGCAGGCGAUGGAAGCAGCUGGUGAAGGACCAGAGAUUGUGGCGAGCUGUUGAUCUGUCUACAUGGAAAGGGGUAACAUCUCGGGUGCUGUGGAUUUUGCUACGUCAGUAUCUAGGUCGCGGACUAAGAUAUUUGCGCCUGCGCGGUCUGCUGUUGUCUGCGCGCGGUGGAGCUUUCCUCACUGAAUCCUGGCUGCAGACUCUGACCUCCAAGUGUCCUCGUCUGCGCAGACUCUGCCUGCUGCACACAGACUUGCGCAGUUUACGCAGCUGCUCUCUGCUGCCCCCUUCUUUACAGGUGCUGGAACUGCAUUAUUGUGAAGUCUCACCUGAAUUCUUUUCUCCGAAUCCCGCUGUAUUAAAACAAAGCAAAAAUGAUGCAAAAAACAAGGCGGCUUCAUCCGCCAGCCAGAGCAUCGCCAUACAGACGCUCGUUGUCAACAACGUACCGUCAUUUUCCGAUCAGCACCUGCGGAGUCUCGGAUCGUGGCCGCACCUGAGCCACCUGGAGCUGCGGGAUUUGAUCCGUGUGACGGUAGCCGGUCUAAAGAGAUGCGUUCCACCUGGGACGCAGGCGCUCGCCCACCUUAAACAGCUGGAGCUUGAGACGCGGAGCCGGACGCAGAUGGUGGCGUUGGGUCUGGGCGAGGGCUGGCCGGGUCUCGAGGGCCUCAGUUUGGGUGGUAAGGAGGUCAGUCCUGGUCUGCUGUCUCUCAGCCGGCUGCCAGACCUGCACUGGCUGCGUCUGCGCAUGUGCAGACUGACGCACACUUUGGUGCUUAGAAGCUGCAGGUCUCUGACAAAGCUGCGCAUGUUGGAGUUCAAUGAGGUGGAGUUUGUAGAGGAGAUGAGACAGGAAGAGACAGAUUCAGAGGCGGACAGACUUAGAAGUGAAGAUGAUCCCGUGCCGAACCUCAGGCGUGCUUUACGUUCUCUACUCCCUCGAUGCAGCGUCUGUUUCACCAAAUGCACACUCACUGUAAAUAAAGACUGAAACACACACUCAUUUUUACUUCAAAAUAAAACAAUUUAAAUCUCUAAA